CGUGAUGUGUCUGACAUGUUCUUCGACAAGAUCAUUCCAUAUGUAUUCUGGGCUCGAGGAGAUCUUCAUCAAGCAUCAACACUCUUUACCAAACUCAUUGAGGGGGAUAAACGCAGUCGCUUUCGUGCCAUGUGUAUGAUAGAAAUAGCACGCAUGCAUGCCCAGUUAGGGGAACCAGAGGUGGCGUGUCGGUUCUACAGAAUGGCAUCUGAUAUUGCCCUGGAGAAAGGCAAGGCAGCAAAACAUGACAAAGAGGUGUUUGGACAGACACUGAUGUUACUGGCCAGCGUGUAUGACCAAGGUAUGAUGACCAUGAGCAAGGCCAGAACAGCUGCUGAUCAUUGGAAGUAUGUUGUGACUUCGGAAACUUUCAAUCAGGGAGCAGUCAAUAUGGCCGCCAUCUCCAUGUUGUGUUUUCACUCUAGACCAGGCAGUGAUACAGAGCCUUCCAGUUUUGUGGAGGCCAGGAGUAGACUGGACGCGAUGGUCCAGGUUUGCCCUAGCUACCUGUACUAUAUAAGUAUGUUACAAGCUUUGGCGGGGCAGGAAUCUGACGCAGAUAAUACGUACAGGACAUUCAUUCAGAGAGAAACUGAAAAUGGAAACUAUGAUGCACCAGGUCUGAGAAUGAUCUCGAGCGUGUCAUCCAGUUCAGGCAGCCGUAGAAAGCGCCAAAACUUCUGGCAUAAUCUAUCAGCUAUGGUUACAAAAUCUGGAUCACCCCAGCCUCUCCAUGUUCUAUGGAGGUCCCAUCUACAGCCCCUUAGGGUCUGUGAUCCAACCAGUGAGAUUCCACCAACAGAGGCAGACCUUUGCUGUGACAAUCUUGACCUUCGGUUGAAUUCCCAAGGUUAUUUGACUGGAAACAUGAAAUUGUUGCUACCACCAAUGCGGAGUAUAAACUUGGACCCCUACACAGGAAAGCUGUGUUUCCCUCAGACCCCAGGAAGGACUGAACCCUGGACUUCAUUGGACAGAUUCUCUGACAUUCAUGAGGGUCAUAAGGAAUUUGAUAACGCACAUAUACCUUGUCCUCUGGAGGUGUAUCGACACGAAGAUGGCACUACAGUGCAAAUGAUGCUUCUUUCCUCUUUGAAGAGAUCUGGCAGCUCACACCACAGAAAUAAACAAGAAACUGUCACUUUAUUCUGGUCUAAAGGUCAAACUGCUAAGCUUAGUUUGCUGAAGAUAUUUUGGCAGUUGGUAUAUGAAAAAAUGAUCCUAACAAUCAAGAGGAAUGCACUCAAGUGCAAGAAGUCAGAACAAUGGCAGAAAGACUGUCUGAAAGUGUUGAAGCAUUGUCUGGAUACAAAGACAAAGAUAGAAUAUAAUUGGAUUAUUGAUAGAGUGGAGUUGGACCUUCCUGAGGAACGAAAAAAGAAUGCCAAAGCUUUACUGAUGAAAAUUCUGCUGUCAAGAAAGAAUGAUAUUUCACCAGAACUAUAUUGGGACAACAAAAACAUUUCAUAUGGAAAGACACUGGCUUUGAGUUUUUCAUUCUGCGAGGAGACUAUUUCAGUGUUCGUCGACUGUAGCAGUAGAGAGACUUUCCUACAACCAGAGAUCAGGAUCGAUUCCAGAGAUACACGAUUUCCAAAUAUUCCAAACAACAAAAACCACAAACUGGUCGGGGCCGAAAUAUUUUACUACUAUGGGUCACGUGAUUAUCAUAAUGAUAGUCGAUGUGUAAGAAUAUGUGGACAGAAAGGCAAAGUUUUGGAGGAGAUCCAAAUGGAAGGCGAUGGAAUGGGGGAUCGUGUUCCUUACGUCAUUGGCAGUAGCCUGUUGAUCAUCACCAACCGGAGCAGGUUGUGGUGUUGGAAUGACAGUAAAAUCAAGGUCGAUGAAACUCUUCCUGAGCUGCAAAACAUCAUAUCCACAGAGUCUUCUGUUGUCAUGGUGACCCUGAGAGACAGAGAUGCUGUUAGAUUUGUCAAUACUCCAUCCCUUGAGAGUGUACCAGUCAGAGCUAGCUGUGAUAUGAUGGAAAGACUAAAGAUCACAGAGGAUGGCUUCGAGAUCAAAGCUACCAAAGCGAACUUAAAAGUUUUGACCACUCGUGCCAGGACAGAAAAUGGUCACUCCUUCCAAGAGGUCGUCCUUGGGCUGGACGUCAACUUAGUAACCUUGCAUAUACUACAGAAUGAUAAGAGAUCCACAGAGGUUGUUAUCACAGAAGUCUUACCAAUCCCAGGAUUACCAAUAGAACACUGUUUUAUAGGGAAGAGAGGUGGAUACUUGGUAUCAUGGACACAGCAGUACGAAGGGGCUAAGGAGUACAAAGAGAAUUUAUUCUACUUCAGUAAAGACUCGGAACUCCUCUGUGUUCUACCAUGUCUUGGCAAAGGUCCAAGAUCAUUCUUUCCAUUGCAUUUGCCCGGAGAUUCAGACACACAGAAAGACUACCCUGGCUAUGGUUUACCUGGUUGGUAUGUGUACAUGAGGGAUGGACAUGAUGGGAUCAUCGCUGUGAAACUUCCCACUUGUUAGAGGACUGACUCAUAUCUCUCUAGUGUAAAGUAGAUGUUUCACAAAUCAAAGAGAUUCCUGCAAAGUAACCUUGGUCACAUCGUGGAACACAAGAUGAGGAAACAACAUUACACUACAGCCUUACAGUAAAGGUAUAUUAUAUUGAGUUAGAUACAGCAGAGCCAAAAUGAAUUGGAUUGCACCAUACUGCUGUUUUGUCCAUCUGGGACUUGUCAGUGAUGCUAAGAUCCAUUAUCAAAUAAAUAUCAUAAUUUUUCAUAUUGGAUUUUAAAAGAAUAUGAAGCAAUCUGAUUAAAAUCAGAUGUUGCUUUGCUACGUUUACUACGUACUACGCCUGAACAUCUGAACAUGUCCGGUCAGCCUUUCGAUUAGCCAAUCGCAUUGCCACUGGCAAAAUCUGUCCAGCACUUAGAUAUUCCUUGUGAGAGUAUGAAUAGUCAUGAUAAGAUCCAAGAGUAAUCGAACAGAGCUCAGCCAUGCAAAACAAUAUGGUGGUGACAGCGACGCACAGGAAAUCGCACGGAUCUGAAAUCUCAAAAGAUUGUACAAAAGACAUACAAGAUAUUAGAUCUAUUAAAAACAACUUGAAAGUUUUAGCCAAAUUGAAUUAAAGUACAUAAAUGUUGAACCAGAACCAGGAAAGAGAUAUUUGUUGAGGCUGGGCCAGGUUUUUUUAAGUGAUAAUCAAGCCAUAGGCUUUACAUGUAUGUUAUUUCAAUAGAUUGAUAAUAUCUUGUAUUGUAUUCUUGAAUUAUUAUGUUUUUGCUACAUAACACAUUCUUGAUAUGUGAAUUCCUUAAAAAUUGUAACUUAUGCUUAAGUUAUAUUGUUGCUAUACAUAUAGCUUAAUUUAUGUUGGAAUAAAAAUUAUUUAGAACUGUACAUUAUAUAUACAAUGAUGGAGUGAAAGAAGAACAAACAAUGUAAAAGGCAGAAGUGAUAAUUACAUGUGCAAUACAGAGAGAAUCUGCGAGCUUCUACUAUAAUCCCCACAUGGUCCUAAAGGUGGUCAUCUAUGGCCUAACAUGGGAUUAUAAGUUGUUUGUUGCCAAAAGCGGGUCUAAAUGUUGUUGGGAAUUGUCUAGAGCAAGCCUAUAUGUUAACUUGAAAAUGUAUUUAGGCUAUUAUUUUAGCUAAGAACUAGCCUGCAGGUUGUUGGUCAUUGCCUAGAACUGACCUAUAUCUUAUUGGUCAUUGCCUAGAACUGGCUGAUAUGUUGUUGGUCAGUGCCUAGUGCUGGCCUAGAUGUUGUUGGUCAGUGCCUAGUGCUGGCCUACUGUAUAUAUGUUAUUGUUCAGUGCCUAGAGCUGGCCUAUAUGUUAUUGUUCAGUGCCUAGCGCUGGCCUACAAUUUGUUAGUCAGUGCCUAGCACUGGCCUACAUGUUGUUGGUCAUUGCCUAGAGCUGGUCUAUAUGUUGUUGUUCAGUGCCUAGAGCUGGCCUAUAUGUUGUCAAUCUAAUUAAAAUCUAGAUGGUCAUUCUCACUACGUUGCAUGAACAUCUAACA